AUGUUUUCAACCCUGUUUGAAAGUGAAAAAAUACCAGAUGAACUGUUGAUGGAAUCAUUUUUAGGGUACGUGUCCAAAGAUGAGCGAGAGCUAAUCAAUACAGCUAUAAAAGAUGAUGAUUUAAAUGACAGCCAGGAAAAAGAGUGGCUUGAUUUUCUGGAAAGGUUUGACUGCAGAACAAUCCCUAAAAAAGAGGAUCGUCAAACAAUAAUCCUAGAAUUCGCACAUAAAGAAAUGGUCCAGAUUGCGCAGUUUAUCAUUGAUAGUUGGAGAAAGCCAUUUAAAGAAAAUCUUGCGAAUCGCGAUGCAUUUUCUUCGAUGGAGUCUUUGGAGGAGAUUUACCAAAAUGCAAGACCAAGAGUGAAAAGAGUUUUAAAGCUAAUACGUUCUGAACCGACAAGUAAUUCGCAGCGCGCUGUACUUUCGGUUUUGAAGCGGUACAUACGAGGGCUUGAUGACGAAAAGCUAACAAUGUUCCUGCGUUAUUGCACUGCCUCGACAAUGAUUUGCGUUGAAUCAAUAAAAGUAGUAUUUACUGACCUUGAUGGUGCAGCAAGACGUCCUAUCGCCCACACCUGCGGAUCAGUUCUGAAACUCCCAACUACGUAUCAAUCUUUUCCGCAGUUCCGGCAAGAAAUGAACAACAUAUUCAGCAGUCAAUACUGGGACAUAGAUAUCGCAUAA